UGUGCUCAGAAGAGUGACUGGAAGUCGGCCAAGUCGAUGUACGACUUCCACGCCCUGGAUAUUAAUGGCCACGAUGUCUCCCUGGAGAUAUACAGGGGCAUGGUCUGCAUCAUCACCAACGUGGCGACGCAAUGAGGCAAGACUGACGUAAACUACACUCAGUUUGUCGAACUGUAUAGUAGAUACGCUGAGAAAGGUUUACGCAUUCUAGCCUUCCCCUGCAAUCAAUUUGGCAAGCAGGAGCCUGGUACCGAGGAAGAAAUUAAAGCAUUUGCUGAAACGUACGGGGUGAAAUUUGACAUGUUUAGCAAGAUUGAAGUCAAUGGGGAUAACGCUCACCCUCUCUGGAAGUGGCUGAAAAGCCAGCCCAAAGGCAGAGGCACUCUGGGAAAUGCUAUAAAGUGGAAUUUUAGCAAG